CAUCUCCCAAGGACUCAUGAACGUGAAUAAGCAAAAGACUGACACUUUUGUCAACAGGAAUACCUGCCAAUUUCUAGAAGAAAAACGCUCUACUACGCCGGAGGCUACUUGUGAGUAGCGGUGCAUCUACCGUGAGCCGGAUUGUGUUAUGUCCACGUUGCUCUUACGACGUCAUACCUCCCUGGCUUUGCAGCAAUUCACAUCAUAUUCACAAAUACUCGGAACAAGGAUAGGACUCAGUUCGACGCACAUCAUGGUCACCACAAGGCGAUCCUCACGCAUCAGCGCCCAGCCUGCUUCCAUGAAGGAGUCACUGGAGAAACCAAGAUCGACGGCGGCAGGUCGGAAGCGUAAAGCAGCUGCAGUUGAGGACGAACCCGAAGCACCUUCAACACCACCCCCAAGGAAGCGAGCACAAGACGAACCUGCAAUAUCAGCUGUUCCGCCACCAAAGACACCAACGCCUGCUGCUGCUGGGCUCUUUGCUGAGCCGACUUGCAUCACCAAGAAGCCUCGUACUGCGGCCGUUACACGACUUGCAAACCCCAGGCUGACAAACGCAACACUACUCUCACCAGAGACGUCACGUCUUGUUACCUCACGGGACAUUGAUAAUUUAUCGCCCAGCAAGGCACCCCAGGCCAAGACGACAACAGAGAAUCUCCUUAAAGAGGCAUGCGACUAUCUGGUCACAGUUGAUCCUCGCAUGAAACCUCUUGUAGAGAGCCACCACUGCAGAGUUUUCUCACCAGAGGGACUGGCAGAGAAGAUAGACCCAUUUGAGAACCUCUCCAGUGGCAUCAUUAGCCAGCAGGUAUCAGGAGCUGCAGCCAAGUCUAUAAAGGCCAAGUUUCUCACAUUGUUCGAGGAGCAACCAGGAAACCGAUUCCCUCACCCCUCCCAGGUGGCUUCCAAGUCGAUCGACGAGCUCCGUACAGCAGGUCUAUCGCAACGCAAAGCCGAGUACAUCAAAGGUCUCGCAGAAAAGUUCGUCAGUGGAGAACUUAGUGCUCAAAUGCUCCAUGAUGCUUCGGAUGCAGAGGUCAUGGAAAAGCUGAUUGCCGUGAGAGGCCUUGGGAAGUGGUCCGUUGAGAUGUUUGCAUGCUUCGGGCUCAAAAGGAUGGACGUCUUUUCACUCGGUGAUCUAGGCGUUCAGAGAGGUAUGGCUGCAUUCGUGGGGCGUGAUAUUGCCAAGCUAAAGGCCAAAGGCGGUGGUAAAUGGAAGUACAUGUCGGAGCAGGAUAUGACUGAGCUGUCGAUUAAGUUCUCGCCAUAUCGAAGUCUCUUCAUGUGGUAUAUGUGGCGAGUCGAGGAGACCGAUAUCAGUACAAUGGAAUAAACUUUAGUUGCUGGGGCGGUAGGUGUUUGUUGUUGUUGUGCCUAGCAGACAAAGAUCCCACAUUGUGUUGAUCGGAUACGGUACACUUCCGCGGUUACUACUGCGAGUGGUGAUGUCACACUACAGAUUCAAUGCAAAUAUUUAUGUACUAUAGCUGUCCUCUGUCUGGACCCGGUGAGUAAGGUCCGACGUACGCGUCUAACAAUACAUAAUCGGUUUCUCGUACUGCAAUGAGUUGGUGAGGCCUUGUCGUCUACAGAGCAUAUCUCUUAUUGCUGUUCAAGGAUCACGGCAGCAAACAUAAUUGGCUGAACUUGCACAAAGGACAUGAUUCGCCAUCGGCGAUCAGCUCCAGGGGAGGCCUGCUUUUGUGGAUUCACCCAUAACGGCGCGAAGACGGCGCCACGAAUCGACCAAAGACGCCGCUGCCGAGACCGUAGCGGGCCUCGAUGCAUCCUAACAUCUUAGUAGCUUGGAACAUCGUGAAGGUUUGCCCCCCCUCAAAAAAACAAAAAACAAAAUAAAAAACCACCAAAAAAACAAAACAAAAAACAAUGAUAGUGAGGAUGCCAUGUAGGUACGAUGUAUCAGACAAGACGCAUGAAUACGUGUCCGACGAACAACGAACUCGACAUUAGCUCGCAGAUCGCGAGAGUUAAAUGGGGCCAAUGUGAUAAUUUAACCUCUACGGAGUAAGGCCCAUAAAUGAAAGUCUUGUGCAACCACUUCGCAAAUCGUCGAGUCUUUGCAAGGUCUGGGCAGAUAUUGAAGCGGGAAGUAGGAAGAUGCUUGGUUAGUGACGGAGCCGAUCCCACACAAGCUGCAGGCUUGGCUGUCUGAGUGUGGAGAGUGUAACGCGUCAAGGGGCGACGGAUAACUUCGAUUUAGGUACAUAUAUGUACAUGCUUCGAUGGAAUGCGUCCGUCGUGGCCUCUUUGGACAGCGAAAGAUUCAACCGAGUGGCCAACGGGAGGAAAUCUGGGCAUAUCUGAUCUAAAUUAGUGUCCACACGUGGUUUUUUCCUCCCCUCCCAUGGUUCGGAAAGAUCUUCGAGGUUGGGAUUUUUGACGAGGCUCAUGAACCCUGAAAAGCCAUUGUCUGAGAUACAGAGAAGAUAGACAUGCCCAAUAUGCUCUGGUGUGUUGUUUUGACUACCUGGAUGAUGAUUUUAAUCAAGAUCAUCUUCAAUGGAUACCUGGAGUCCGUGAAACUGAAAGAUAACCAAAGCCAUGGCCACUGUGACAUGGCAUAAAAACAAAUCAGGGGCGAAUUUCGGUUAAAGGACGGUGCGAGAAAAAAAAAAGUCCAUUUUAAGAUCGUAACCUUGGAUCUAUCCGCGGCAUGUGCCCCAGCCCCCAGCACAUUUGUAUGAGUGACAAUCCACUGAGAUAAAGAAGGGCUGGGCAGGCUGGGAUCAAACACAGGACUACCACAUCACUUGAGACUGAUGUUAAAGGGGAAAGACAAAAAGAAAAAAGACAAAGAGGCACAUGGACCCCGGCGACAGUGACGGCCGCGUUCCAUAUUAGUUGUCCGAGACUCCGAAUACUGAAGAGAUAUGAUAAAGGAAAGGGAAGUGAGUGCGCGAAGUGGAAUGAUGAUAGCAAUAUCCGUAAAGGGAGAAGAAGUAUUGGGCUUUGUUAUCCCCGGAACCUCCGGAAGUUUCGAUGCCGAGAAAAGUCGUAUCGUAAUGUCAAUAGCAAUAAGAUUUCAGAC